AUGGAUAAACGCGAGAAAGAGGAAUUGAUUCAAAUGUUCAAAGAGCUGGAUACAAAUAACGAUGGAUUCUUGACCUUUGAAGAACUCAAAAGUGGUUUGGAGGCAUCCCCCGAUUAUGAUGAAUUUUUAAAGCAAUUAAUGAAAUUAAUGGAUUUAAAUCAAGAUGGAAAGGUUUCACUGGAUGAAUUCAUCAAAACUAUUGAUUGCCUACUUAAUAUACUUUAAACUGUCACCGAUGACUGCAUUACAAUACCUAACAUGAGAGGAAUAACAAACAAUAAUUGCCUUCAAUUUUUUCUUAAUAAUAGCAUUAAUAAUUUUAACACUAUGCGAAAUAAAUUUUCACUCUGACCGCCAUUUCAUUUCCUCGCUAACAACCGCCUUUG